AAUAUUCAGUCUGAUUCGUCAAAAAACAAACAAACCCCUAGCUGUAAGCUUUAAUCUUGUGAAUCAACUGACAGUUCUGCCUCACCCGUUUAUCAAAAUCCAAAACAUGACUAAUUUCGACACGAGAGCCGAUACGGAAACAAUCCCAUCAAUCAACAGACCGCUUAACUGGUUUAAGUGGCAUAUUUCUGUGGUUCGUCCAAAGUCAACUUUGGCCUAUUGGGAAAGAAAGUAAUCAACAAACGCCAUCGCCGCCAGUAUUGUCACCUGAGCCGAACGUCAGUCCCUGGGCUGAGGUGCUAAGGUUCAUCUCGUAACGUAACUGCGCGGCGAAACCGAACAAUUGUGGAACGUACUUUGGCCGUCGUCGCCGGUUAUCGAUAUCUCGUUUUGGUAGUGUAAUAUAGCGACCUCCUAAGGGUUGAAAACAGUUAGUCUUCGUUGGGUUAUCGUAAUGCUAGGAAGUAUGAAACGUUCAGUGUUUCUUUCGGUGUUUGUGCUCUCCAUUGUGGUAGUGUUGGGAAGCUCUGAAUUGCAACAGCUUCAAAAUCAACUCAACGAUUUGGGAAGAUCUUUUCUAAUGACCUGUCGAACCAUGCAACGGUUCCACGCGACGCAGAUGGUUGAUCUGAACGCAGAGUUGAUUCGUACAUUGGCCGAAGCUAGCUUCGAAAUUCAAGAGAUUUACAGGAUUACGGGACAAUUCAUCGAAGAGUACAAUAUGACGGAUCCUUACUGUAUCGAGUUCGUUCAAUAUAUGUACUGGACACACGCCAAGGGAGCUACGGAAGCAGUGCAACUUUGUGCGGAAGAGGUGACGGAUAAAAUUGAUAGUUUUCAUCAAACCGGAUUUUUGGUUUUGCUGGAACAGAGCAGACGAAAAGCUAGUGAAGUUACGACGGUUGUGGUUAGGGAGCUGGCUAUGAGCUCUGUCCGGAAAAUAGUCAAGGAAAGUGUUGGCGAGGAGUUGGACACUGUGAAGGUUCAGUAUCUACAGAUGAUUGAGGAUAUGAAACAGAGCCUAACCAAGUUCAGUGAAAUUCGUAAAACUGGUGCAGAAUAUACGACAGUUUGUACGAAGAAAGCAGUCGAGGAAUACGCUUUCCACAUGGGAUACUUGAAGUACUAUUUGAAUAAGAACAAAAACUGCAGGAAAUGAAAAUUCCCGGCUUCGAACGGAAACAUGGUCAGAAUUCCAUUUAAACAUUCAUGGUUACUGUAAAUAUUCAUGGUUGAAACUCCGAUCUUCAACGGUAUAGUAAGUCACGCAAGCCUCUAGUGACUAGAGAAAAAAGAAGCUAUCUGAAUUGACAUGCAGAAACUCCAUCUUGUAGAAUUACGAUCCGAUUAAUCGUAGACUCGCUACAAUUAAACAAAUUUACUGAUGCAGUUGUGAUUCAACUUUGGAAAAAACAUCUCAAUAUUUGAAAAAAAAAAAUUGCUGAAAGUUGUUCUUAACAUGCACAAAGUGAGCAGUAAAUGGUGAAACUGGUCUGGAAAACUUGAUAUCCAAAAAUAUCCAUACUUCGAAGCUAAUGUUAAAAAAAUUGAAAAUAUCUUGAAAUAAGUUUUGUGCAGAACGUUGAUUCAAAAAUUGGACUAGGAUGACCGUAAUGCGAAACAACAAAAAGCAGAAGAAACAGACUGCCAUAAGCUUAACGAAGUUUUCGUGUAUGUUUUGAAAGCUCAGUUUCGAAACUAAUUUUUCUACACGGUAGCAAACAGAAAAGACGCUCUUGAACAUUGAAAAUGCAAGUAUAAAUCUACACAGCCUGUGUGGCAAGCGCUAGAUAACAGGUCAAAAUCGAUAGCAUCAACGGUGGUAAUUACCGGCAAGAGCGUUUCAAAAAGUGUUUAUAGCCAUUCCUAAAUAAAAAUUGCUGUAAUGGUCAGACCAAGUUAGAUUAAACGAUGUAGAUAUAUAUA